AUGGUUCCCAAAUUUCACCAUCUUUCUUGUUCAUACACUUUGCUACUAAUAACAAUCUUUUCCCUUUCUUGUUCAACAAUAAUUUGCCAAUCCCAUUUACCAAACACACCCCUUGAUUAUCUAAAGGCUUUGAGUGGAACCCACAAAGGAGACAAAUCAAAAGGCCUAAAUAAACUAAAGGAGUACCUCAAAAAUCUUGGCUACAUUAAUUCCAAAAUCCCAACCAACAAGUAUGAUGACUUCUUUGAUGACACAUUAGAAUUGGCCAUCAAAAAGUACCAAGAAUUCUACAACAUCAAAAUCACGGGUUUUCUCGAUCCAGAAACCGUAACCCUAAUGCUGAAACCCCGUUGUGGGGUGGCCGAUCUUCUUACUACCAACCGAACCCCGUUCCGUUCGUACUAUAACUUAUCCGGAUAUUCAUGGCCGCCAAACAAAAGAAACCUCACGUAUUCACUCCCGAAAGACACUAGAAAAGACGCUUAUACCCCUAUAGUCAAAGCUCUAAUAAAAUGGGUUAGCGUAUCCCCUUUUAACUUUACUUUCACGGACGAUUUUGAAAAUUCUGAUGUGAAGAUUAGUUUCGAGACAAGGGACCAUGGAGAUGGAUAUCCGUUUGACGGGCCCUACGGAGUUUUGGGGCACUCGUUUUACCCAACGGAUGGGAGGCUCCACUUCGAUGCGGAGGAGAAUUGGAAGCCUUUUGCCGAGGCGGGGUCGUUUUAUUUGGGAACCGUUGCAUUACAUGAAUUAGGGCACAUUUUAGGGCUUGCACAUAGCCAAGAUGAAAAAUCUAUAAUGUAUGCUUAUAUUGGUGAAGGAGAGAACAAAGAUUUGACUCAAGAUGAUAUUCAUGGAAUCAAAUCUAUCUAUCCAUCCUGA